AUGCGGAGCGGCUCAGCUGCGGGCUCUCCGCGGGCGCCCGGGGCGCCAGAUGCUCUGAACGAGUGGGCUUACGAGGCCGUAGGAUCCACCUUGAAGGUCACCCUCACGUCGACCUUCGUGGACCACGCAGCCGUUGAGGCGGUCGCGUUUCUUGUUUCUUGGUCAAACGAUGCGUUGACCACCAGCCGUCGGUCGCUGGCCUGCCGCAGGAGCCAG